AUGGCCUCAUCAACCCUCCAUUUCUUCUUCUUGACCCUUCUCUUGCCGUUCACGUUCACCACCGCCGCACGUGACCCAUGUGCAACCGCAGCUCCCGACGGCUCCGACGAUCUCUCAAUCAUUCCCAUUAACGCAAAAUGCUCACCUUUCGCACCCACUCACACCUCCGCCUCCGUAAUGGACACCGUUCUCCACAUGGCCUCCGCCGACUCUCACCGCCUCACUUACCUCUCAAGCCUCGUCGCCGGCAAACCAAAACUAACCUCCGUCCCCGUCGCUUCCGGCAACCAAAUCUUCCACACCGGAAACUACGUCGUCCGAGCAAGACUCGGCACUCCACCACAGCUCAUGUUCAUGGUCCUAGACACAAGCAACGACGCCGUUUGGCUUCCUUGCUCCGGCUGCUCCGGCUGUUCUACCGCCGUUUCCUUCAACCCGAACUCCUCCUCCACUUACUCAACCGUCUCUUGCUCCACCACACAAUGCACCCAAGCACGUGGCCUCACGUGCCCAUCCUCCUCACCAUCACCACCGUCCAUCUGCUCUUUCAACCAAUCGUACGGUGGAGAUUCGUCCUUCUCCGCCUCGCUUGUCCAAGACACGCUUACGUUAGCCUCUGACGUCAUCCCCAGUUUCUCCUUCGGAUGCAUCAACUCCGUCUCCGGCAACUCUCUACCACCGCAAGGACUAAUGGGCCUUGGACGUGGGCCCAUGUCGUUGGUCUCUCAAACGACGUCGCUUUACGCAGGCGUGUUCUCUUACUGUCUCCCUAGCUUCAGGUCGUUCUACUUCUCCGGGUCAUUGAAACUGGGUCCGACGGGUCAACCCAGAUCCAUCAGAUACACUCCACUCCUCAGUAAUCCUCGCCGUCCAUCGCUUUACUAUGUUAAUCUAACCGGAGUGAGUGUUGGUUCGGUCCAUGUCCCCAUUGACCUUAAAUAUUUGACCUUUGACUCAACUUCCGGCGCCGGUACGAUUAUUGACUCCGGUACUGUUAUCACCCGUUUUGUUCAACCGGUUUACGAAGCCAUUAGAGACGAGUUUAGAAAACAGGUGAAAGGGCCAUUCUCGACGUUGGGAGCGUUCGACACGUGUUUCACGGCGGAUAACGAUAACGUUGCGCCGAUGAUGACGCUGCACAUGACGUCACUCGACCUGAAGCUGCCGAUGGAGAAUACGCUUAUCCAUAGUAGCGCGGGAACGCUGGCGUGUCUAUCUAUGGCGGGAAUACCGCAGAACGCAAACGCUGUUCUAAACGUGAUCGCUAAUCUUCAACAGCAGAACCUAAGGAUCUUGUUUGACGUUCCUAAUUCCCGCCUAGGCAUUGCUCCUGAGCCCUGUAACUAA